CGAUUUCAUCGACGGCCCAAAACGAAUUCAUCGUAGAGCCUACAUUUUAUUAAGAUGUCUACUUAACCCUACUUUACAUCUCAAAGGCACUUGUUUGUUCGAAUCUGCGGCUCUGGUCCUAUGGUGGUUUAGGGAUUUACUAAUGACUCUGUGAAGAUACUUCUAAGUCAUAAUAGUAGCAAAUUACUAUUUUCUCAGUGUGUCUCAAACAGCCAUGGCGUUUUCGACUAAGCUGGGUGGGCUGCUGCGGCAAUCGAUAACUAAGCAUGCGAGUUUUGGAGGUCUUCCCUCCGUUUACCAUGCUGCACGCCUCAUGUCCUCCAGGGUUUUCGUUGGAGGCCUCUCGUAUGGGGUGGAUGAUCAGACUCUCAGGGACUCCUUCUCUACUUUUGGGGAAGUUAUCGAUGCAAGAAUAAUCAAUGAUCGAGAGACUGGGAGGCCAAGAGGAUUUGGCUUUGUUAGCUUCAGUUCUGAGGAGGAGGCCAAUGCCGCUAUAGAGGCAAUGGAUGGAAAGGAGCUUCAUGGGCGUACUAUACGAGUCAACAUAGCACAAGAACGAACUUUUGGUGGUGGAGGCGGCUUUGGUGGUGGUGGUGGAGGCUAUGGUGGUGGAGGGGGCUAUGCUGGUGGUGGAGGAGGCGGCUAUGCUGGUGACAACAGUGCAAGUGGUGGAUACUAAUAAGAUAUAGUUUGAUUUUGAGUUUAUUUCCAGUUCCAAUGAUGUAAUUCAAUUAAUAACGAAGAAGACACUUCAGUCCUUACAAUUCUUUGAUAGUGUCUUCUGAGUAAUAUUUGCCAUGAUCUGGCAGCUAUUUGAAUUACCGAUAUUUUGUUUUAGCAGCUUAGGAGUUUUUUGCCCCCGACCAAACUAGGGUUUUGAAUUAUGUGUAAUAUUGAGGCUUUACUUCAAGAUGUAUUCACUGUUCUCUUUUUAACGAAGAGAUAAGUACUCUCUGUUUUCUUUUUC